AUGAUAUUUGUGAUUGAAAAGGAAGAAGAAAAAAAUAAUGUGGGUGCAUAUCUGGAUGACUCUCUAGAGAAAGCACUUAUGUUGUUUGAAAUCAUUGACUUGGAGGACGAGGUGAAGGAGAUGGUUCAUCAUCUGAAUGCAUGUGUGUACAUCAAAGGACUGAUCGAUUUACAGCCUCUAGAUAAACCAACCGGGUUGCUUGAGAAGGAUAUGUCUUUCAAGUUUGAUGAACACUGCUUGAAGGUGUAUGAGAAGUUGAAAAAGAGAUGGGAAUUUGACGUGGAAAUCAAAGAUCCAAAAGGGACAGAAAAUCAGGUGGUAGACCAUUUGUCGCACUUGAAAACUGGCGCACAUGUUGAGGAAGGGGUCGAAAUUCAGGAAAGCUUUCCUGAUGAGAAUAUUCUAUCCAUCACAACUGGCACAGCCCCAUGGUAUUCUAACUAUGUGAACUUUAUUCAAUGUGCAGAUCAGUUGGUGCACCGAUGUGUUCCUGAGGAGGAGAUGGAGGCAAUUUUAUAUGAUUUCCAUGCAUCACCAUAUGGGGGCACCAUGGUGGAGACAAAACAGCUGCAAAGGUUCCAAAGGAUGGGUACAAUUUUGAGAAGGCAUGAGAUGCCAUUGAAGGGCAUACUUGAGGUCGAAAUCUUCGAUUUGACUAUGUGUCAAAUUAGGGUUAAGUUUGUGGUUUUGCCUACGAAUGAUGCUAAAGUGGUGGUGAGCUUUUUGAAGAAAAAUAUUUUCACCAGAUGCGGAACUCCGCGUGCUUUGAUCAGUGACGGAGGUACUCACUUUUGUAAAAAAUUGUUAGGCAACCUCUUAGCUAAGUAUGGGGUGAGACACAAGGUUACAACUGCUUAUUAUCCGCAAAGAAGUGGUCAAGUGGAGGUCUCAAAUAGGGAGGUGAAGCAAAUUUUGAAGAAGACAGUGAGCGCAACAUACAAAACUCCAAUUGGCGCUUCACCGUACAAGUUAGUUUAUGGAAAGACUUGUCAUUUGCUUGUUGAGCUUGAGCACAAGGCAUAUUGGGCAAUCAAAAAGCUCAACUUUGAUAUGGAUCUAGCUGGGAAAAAAUGGAUGUUGCAACUGAAUGAGCUCAAGGAGUUUCGACUGCACGCAUAUGAGAAUACGAAGUUGUAUAAAGAGAAAACAAAGAGAUGUCAUGACAAACACAUUUUUUAUCAUGAGUUCGAAGCUGGACAAGUCAUUCUCCUGUUCAAUUCAAGGUUGAAGCUCUUUCCUGGGAAGCUUAAGUCUAGAUGGUCGGGUCCAUUUGAAGUAGUGUGGGUUACAAAGCAUAGAGUCGUUGAGCAAAAGGACCCCGAAAGCAAUGGCACAUUUUUAGUCAAUGGGCAAAGAGUGAAAUGCUAUUGGGGUGGUGGCAUUCAUCGUCACAAAACUUUGAUAAAGUUGGUGGAUGUGUGA